AUGGGCGAUGGUAUUGCUGUCCGGGCGAAGCCCCGAGUGGGACGAAUCUACAGGAGGGACGACGUUGCAAAGCCUUGCGUCGGAGGGCGCGUGAAUGUGGAACAUUUGGGUGAUGGCAUCACUGCAGACUUGGUUCUGUCAUCCUUUCAGUCCACCACGGGAGCUGUGGUGUCGUCGGGUCUCUGGGACCGGCUGCGAGAGCACAAACAGGAUAUCAUCAUGUGGAUGCACCUCGGAGGGCAUGCCCGUAUCAAGGCACUUGGGGCGCAGCUUCGCGAGCCGGAGCGUCUGCGUAAGGUCAGUGGAGAACUGCUCGGGGACUUGGAUGCGAGAUUUGAUCUCGGGCUACGUUGGGUGGCCGAGGAGGCAGUGGACAAGGUCCGGUGCGUACCCACUUCCGGCGACGGUGUGUCGUCUAUGCUGCGUUGGCUUUAUCGACGUUUCGUCGUGGCCGGUCUCGACUCUCGCCAUGAUUGUUUCAUUUGUCCCGCGGAGCUGCGCUCGACGGCGUGUGCCUUUGAGGUUUGUCCUCUUCUGUUAAGUCUGCCUGUGGAGCAGUCUGACUCCGGCUGGCCCGUGGAUUGUCGGAACGGGGUGAUGACGCGUGACACUUUCGCUUUAUUUUGCGCGUGGCUCAAUGUCCACACUCUCAUCCUUGUAUGCUCGUUGUUGGCGAAAGAUUUUGAUCCACCGUUUGAGCUGUGGAAGGUAGGGGUGGAACUGGUUGGACAGGUGAAAGCGGACCUAGGCUGGUCCGUGUAG